UCCCCAAUCUUCUACUCUAUCAAGAACUUUCAUCUCAAAACACUCUCCUCGCUCUUCUAUUGUUGAGUUUCUUUCCAUAGCUACUGUGCUGUACCUCUCAAAUCAAGUUUCAUCUGCACAAAUAGGAGGGUUUCCACACGAUUCCUCUCGCCGUCUCGUUCUCCCAUUGCAUCUCUCCAUCUUGCACAAAGAGCAGACAAAACAAAGCCCACAAGCCCCUCCUCCAAACACACAACGAAACCUCCCUCACAAUGUCUCUCAAAUCCUCCACCUUCACAGCUUUGCGAGCUCUCUCCCGACAUCAAUCUGCAAUCCCCAAAUUCCCCUCUCGUAUCAUCUCCCUCAGCCACCCGCGCCUCUACAGCACGCCCUCCAAACCCCUCACCGACCGCUCUUCCGACCCCUCCACCCCAUCAUCUCCCCCCCCGCGCGCCCCUCAACCCUCCUACGACCUAACCUUUACCUGCCAGCCCUGUUCCGCACGUUCCACACACCGCAUAUCCAAACAAGGCUAUCAUUCCGGCUCCAUCCUCAUCACCUGUCCCAGCUGCAAAAACCGGCACGUCAUCUCGGACCACUUGGGAAUAUUUGGAGAUCGCAAAUUGACGAUUGAGGAUUUGAUGAAGGAGAAAGGGAUGCUGGUUAAGAAGGGGACGUUGAGUGAGGAUGGGAAUUUGGAAUUUUGGAGUGAUGGGACGAGUACGGAGAGGAAGAGGGAUGGGGAUGGAGGAGAGGGAGAGGGGAGGUAGAGAGAUGUAUUUGGUUCUCGAGUUUUAGAGGAGUUGUACAAGUCAUUGGAAAUUAAGGAGGAGAGCUGUCAGGGAAGGAUAGCUUUUCGAUUAGGCCUGGGUCAAGCAGAUGUAAGGAGAAUAUGCACACAACCUCAAAACCUCAUGAUACAUCACACUGGACCAACCCAAUCGCCAAGAAACAAUCCAACUACCACCGAAUACCACCGAAUAACACCAAUUGCAGUCCUAAAACAAACAAACACAUCAUCCAGCACACAACCUCAAACCCUCAAAACCCACAACACUCUCCUCUACGAAAGAAUGCUCAGAGAACACACACACACACACACCUCCAAAAAAGCAACUCCAAACUCCACAAACCAAAAUCAAUGUACAAAAAGUUUCAGCGUCGACGGAUUCAAAAAUGUAAUAAUACCCAUACCAAAUCAAAUCAAAUAAAAUCAACGUCACAUUACAUCAUACUUGCAUAUACAUACACACAAAAUACUUAUUUUAAAUCACAUCUCAUGCAAAAAUUCAAAAAUUCACAAAUUCAAUAAAGAAUCCACUUCCCCCGAUCGGAGAUACCUAUAUCUACAUCUACAUCGUACGUACCGACGUAGCUCACCAAAUAUUUGUAAUUAUGAUCAUGACCAUGACCAUGAGAUACAUGAGAUAUAUAAGAUACAUGAGAUACGUGAGAUGAGAUGAGAUGAACGAUGCUUAGGAUAUAUAUACAUACAUAUAUACAUACAUAUAUAUAAUCUUCAACAAAUCUAAAAUCAAAUCAAAUCAAAUCAACAAUCACUACGCACAUAAGAGUACACA